GUGUGUUUAACACAGGUAUCUAUCUGUGAUGACUGUGUCUUAAAGUGAAUGGCUAAGAUAUAUAUUUAUAUAUUUAUAUAUAUUUGCACAAAGAUUGACUUAAAACCAUGACAAAGUUAUACUUAUAUUUUUUAUUCAGUGUGCUGGUGAGCAUAAGUAAAGCUAAGGACCUAUAUAUGGAAUGCGGUCCAAGAAAUGCGUGUGGUUGUGAAAGGUUUGACAAUGUAUCCAUAAGAAUGAAUUGUGAAGCGAUGCAUGUUCGUUUGUCCGAAACAUGCGACAGCAUCAGAAAUUUGUCUGGUGAAGUCAUGGAACUCUUUAUCGGUGGCAAUAAUCUAGGGAAUUUCGGAAUGAAUGAUUUUCAUGGAUGUGAGGAGAUUCAAAUCCUUGGCUUACAGUUCAACCAAAUCACCCGAAUGGAAGAAAAUGUAUUUAAAAAGCUUAAACGCUUGACCGUUUUAGAUCUGUCCAGAAACAACUUGAGGAUUUAUGAACAUGGUUUUAAAACGACAUUCAUUCCAAAAACCGUUCAAAUAUUACGAAUAAAAGGGAAUUUCUAUGGGGAAAAUGAUAACAAUGAUCUUCCCAUGUAUCCUAGUUUUUCUCGUCUCAAACGCCUUCAAGAACUUCAUAUAGACGGUAUAAACGGAGUGAACUUUGGUAUUUCGUAUGCGGAUAUGAAUUUAACACAUGUGGAUAUUUCCGGAUUGGUUAAGUAUAGCUAUUGUAAUCUGACAGAGAUAACGAACACGACAUUUCAACAUUUGAAUUCGGUGAAAAGCCUAAAUAUCUCAGGAUGUUCUGUUCGAAAUAUUUGUGCAGGUGCGUUUAUUAAGCUUCUUCAAUUACAGACACUUGACCUAUCCUUUAACAGACAACUUGGAUUUACGCCUCUAUCCAACGUAUCAUAUGGCUUGCAGUUUACAAACAUUAAAGUUUUAAACUACUCGCACGUCUACACGACAUUUGGAACUGGUACUAAACUUUACAAAAAAGAUAUUUGCUAUUUACGGAACACGACGCUAAAAGAGAUGGUCCUUGACAAUAAUCGUAUUGAACUGAUUGAAACGAAUGCAGCGAUUUUGGUUCCACGCUCUCUUGAGACAAGUUAUUUACGCCAGAACAAACUUACGUUCGGACCAUAUAUAUUGCAAAUGGGAUGCCUUGAAGGUGUCAAAAAUUUCUAUCUCGAAUGUCCAAACUUCCAGUUUAGUCCACUUGCCUACUCUCUGGAACCGGAAGAUCGUCAUGAAAAUACCAGAUCCUCAACAUCUAAUUGUCCAUUUAUGGCGGAAUCUGAACUUCAGAAAAUUGCUGAGAAAAAUAAGAAUUGUCUUUAUUAUGACCCCAAAAUCCCAGUGCGUUUACAAUAUCCUAGAAUUCCACCAAGUCUGGAAAAAUUGUACUAUCAUGAUUGUGAAUUGACUUAUAAAAUUAUAAGCAAUGAUUACAAAUUUUUUCCCGAAAAUAAUAAUCUGUCGUAUUUGGAUGUAUCUGGAAACAUUUUUAAUGCAAUGACUGGACAUAUGAAUAACCUUCCAGAAUUACGUUACAUAGGAAUCUCAAGAAAUUAUUGCAAAGCAAUUGGAUUAACAACAUUAAAUUGGGAAAAAUUGGAAAACCUUCAACUAGACAUCAAUUUUCUUGGGACUGCAUUAGCCAUUUCUGACCGUGCAAAUAUUUUUGAUCUUCUCCCUAAUUUAAAAAUUCUUAAUCUAUCUUCUAAUGGAAUUACUACAUUGUUUUCUAGAACAUUUCACCGAUUACAGAAAUUGCGUCAUUUAGAUCUCAGCUUUAACAACAUAGAGAAUUUUGAUCUGAAUAUUAAGCCACUAAAGAAUUUGCUUAUAAUUGAUCUACAGGUGAAUUCUGUGCAUACACUUAAGGAAAAUAUUAUUAAGCAAUUAGAGCAAAAUUCAAAACGUCUUAAUACGUCAUUUUUAGUUGAUUUGCGAAACAAUUCUAUCUCAUAUGGCUGUGAUAAUCUUCAUUUCUUGCAAUGGCUGGCUACACACGAACACAACUUUGUAGGUUUUAAUGGCUACUGGUUUGUUGCGGACAAUAGUUCGAUACUUUCUUUCGAUGAUUUCAAAAGAGACAUAGAAUAUUUGCCAAAGAGAUGCAAAACGUACGUUGUACUGAUUGUAAUUUGCUCUAUUUCGGUUGCGGUUUUUCUUUCGAUUGUUAUCGGAGGUGUGAUUUAUAAAAAUCGUUGGAAGCUACGAUACCUCCUUUUCAUGUCAAGACAGCGAUACUUUGGCUACCGAAGACUUGACGACGAAACUAUAAUAGAAAACUACAAAUAUGACGCAUUCAUUUCCUACGCUGAAGAAAAUAUAAGGUUUAUUCGUGACAGGAUUAUCCCGGAGUUAGAAGGUCGCGGAUUAUCACUCUGCAUUCACCAGCGUGACUUUUUGGCGGGAAAUGACGUCACUGACAACAUUAUCAAUGCUAUUAAAAGAAGCAAGAAAACUAUCACUAUUCUUUCGAAUGGAUUUUUCCGUAGCAAAUGGUGCAUGUACGAGUUCAAUAUGGCCCGAAUGGAGACAAUAUACUCUCGGGAAGAUCGAGGGUGUCUGGUCAUUGUCAUGUUAGAAAAGAUCCCGGCUGACCGGAUGUCUGCGGAAAUGCUGGAAUGGAUAAAGAAAAACAGUUAUAUCGAGUAUACGACGGACGAAGAAGGAGAGGCGCUCUUUUGGGAAAAGCUUAGAAUCGGUAUAGAAAACUAGUGCUGAACUAUCUGAGAUAUUUCUGAAGUAGAUGUGUAGAGAGAAGAGCCCAUGAUUACGAACGGUCUCAAGUCCAAGCCUAGAUUCAGACACAGAAAAACACGACUAAUAAGUUAUAAAUAUAUUUGUUAUUCCUUUCCUUUGAGAAAACUACAUUUUAAAAAGGUUCCAAUCAGUAUUUUAAUUCAACAGAUUAUGCUGGAAAGAAAGUACCAAUGAUAUUUUAAGUUUUGAGUCUUAUUUUUGAACUACUUGACACCUUUCGUAAACAUGGCCACACAUCUUUGGUUAAUAAAUUGUAUAACUUAUGUGUAGUUUAUGCAACUAUUUACAUACUGCUAGAUGGAAUUGUGCAAUUGUGCACAUUGCGUUGAGACACACAUGUUAUAACAUAUGUGAGCAAUAUUCCUGCAAUCUGCGUAUGCUGUGAUAUUUCAAAUUGUGAAAAUUUUGCGCGUAUUAUGUGAUGGCAAACGCGAGGUCUAGCUGGAUUGUAUGCAUUUGUCAAUGUCUUGUUUGCUAACACAAUUGAACCGUUACUCGUUUAUACUGAUUCUACUGGUUUUGAACCAGUUAUUAUGUAAGAAUAUUUUGUCAAUUAGAUGCUGCUGUUGCCUUUCAAAAAAGGAGACGUUUACAAAACACUGAUGAUUUGUUGACCUUAUGUAGAAUACUUAGUAAACGAUAAACUAACAUAUAUUGUUAAGCUUUCUAUACUAUUAUUUGGCGAUAAGGUGUUAAAGCUGCACUCUCACAGAUUGAACGUUUUGACAAUUCUUUUAUUUUUUGUCCUGGCAAUUUAAGCGGACAUGCGUGAAAAACAUUCAAAUAAGACUUCAGACAAAAAAGACGAUUGCAAUUUUUAUAUUUAAGUUUUAAAAAAAUGAUGUUUUAUGCAUUUUUCUUAAACCGUUAGUAACGCUUUAAUCCAUAAACAUUAAUUUUCGAACAGAAAUAGGAGAAUCUGCGAUCUGAUAUUUUGUCAGCAGUCUCUAAUCACUGGUUUGCAAAUAAUUUCGCAAACAAAAAUCCUCAUUCCAAGACAAAAAUAAAUGUAAAAACGGUACAUCUGUGAGUGUGAAAAUUUAAAUUGAGAUUGUAUCACAAUGUUAUUGUUACAUGACGAAUAUUGUAAAACAUCGCAGUCAUGAUGAUAUGUCAAUUGUAUGAUAUUUUUAUGUUGGCGAUAUUUUCACUCUGUAGAUAGGACGACGGAUAGUGGCAAUAAGUUGUAUGAAAUAUGAAUAUCAUAACUUGUUUAUAGCAUAUAUUAGGUCAUGCGUUUGAAAACUGCGUUUGAAAACUGUGACCCCUAUAUUCACAAUUUAUUUAUUUUUGGUUCAAUAGCAUCUCGUUUAAGGUAAUUGCGGAAUCAAGUCUCUCAAAAGUAAGGCAUAAGGUCAUAUAAACGAACACUCAUGUUAAUAUUCGUGUCUGAAGGUCAUACGGUAUUCCCAAUCUGUGUAAAAGAUGAAGAAACACAUUCUGGUUCAAGCAAUCUGCAAAAAUGUUUUUAACAAAAUUGUUCACAUUACCAAUACAAAUAUUAACUGUUUAAAGUAUUUUAGAGUAGAUCAUAUGAAUAAGUCUCCCCGGACUUCGUAUUAAAUAUAUAAAUUGUGUAUAGCAAUAUGAAACUAAAUAUAUAAACAUGUUAUAAUAACUGUAUCAUUUUGAUCAAAUACAAUACAGAGUCUCAUCGUUGUUGUUUAUAUUUCUCGAUAUCCUACAGACGGCUUGUCAAUAGUUUGCUUGAAAUGAUCAGCCAGUUUCGCCCUUAUUUUAUUAUCAAAUCAUUUUUUUUUAAUCAAUUACGAAAAAAACAAAUUCCAGAGCGAUUCCAAAGAAACACAAACUGUCUUAAUUUUGAAUCUCUUAUGAAUGAAAACAAUGAACAAACACUUCGUCAAUUAGGCAAAUUUUUGGCUAUGAUACUAAAUCAUUUUAAAAUCCCACCAGGCAUCCCAAACACACAAAACGUAAGAUAAUCAUAGAAGCAUGUUUUUCCCUUUUUUUAUAAAUGUGUAGCCACUUUUCCGCAUUAUUUCUUCCUUCUGAUAGUAACAACCCACAGCCUGGUUAUUGUAGUUAUUAAUAUACUGUUGUAUAACCUUUUAUCACAUGUAUGUAUGUGCUAAGUGUAUCAAUAAACUUGUAAACUUG